AUGCAGCAAUCUCAACUUCAUCGACGAUCCUCGAACACAAAAGGAGAUGAGUCGAUCGUUGAACCACAACACCACGAGCUUCCUGCAGGAUUCUCGACAACAAGUACCAAUAAGGUCGACUGCCACGUCUCAAAAAGGCUUUUCGCCCUCGACGGCGACCCAUUCUUAGCGCCAAAAAAGCAAAGGGUGAGAUCACCCGUCAACCAACAACUCCAUGAGUCUCAUUCGAAGCUCUCAAUAAGUACCACGAAGCAUAUCGCCGUGAUUCAAAAAACGGUGCAAUGCUGGAUCCUACGGAGCAAUCCUCGGAACCAAAGCAGAUUCGUCAAUCGCACGAGAAAUAA